AUGGAUGGAAAUCUUGCUGCGUAUGUGUUUUGUCGCGGUCCUUAUUCCAGUGACCAUAGAGAAUCAUCUCAAGCUAGACUUGAAUUCUUCUGCCCCGGCCACAAUGGCAAAGCUUCUGCUGUUUUCAAAACAUCGCAAGAUCCGGCUCUGAUUAUUCCUGCCACUAACACUGAGAAGACCCUUCACCUGUCCUAUCGUGCGCUUCAUAAUGUCGUAGUCAAAGCCCAGAUCCGCCUGGCGGCCCUAGGAAUCGCACCCGGUAGCACGGUUGCAUUAGCUAUUCGAAAUCGCAUCGAGUUCGUCAUAAUCUUCCUCGCUCUCAUUCGACAGGGUGCGACCACAUCCCCUCUAAACCCGGAUUGUUCUGUGCGGGAGAGCUCUGAAAUCCUGGGAUACAUGACGCCGACGUAUACAAUCGUGGCAGCGAACCACUACAGCGCAACCUCCGACAAGAAUAUCAUCGAGGGCUCUGAGCUGCAGAGUGUACCUGUCGCUCAAGCGAGGUGGGACAGGACUAUAUGCGAAUCCCUACUGUUGUAUACCCGUGUUCACCCAAUUUCUCUCUCUAUCUUUUGA